ACAAAAUAAAUGCAGCUUUAAAUAACCACACAUGGCCUUAACUCUACUCUUUCUCUCUCUCUAAAUAUAUAUUUUUAGAGAUCGACUGAAGAAAGUUUGAGUGGAGGACUCGUUCUUUCUAAAAAUAUGGAGAAAAGAAAAAUUUGUAUUAAUAAAAAAUUUUAUAAUUAUAAGCUACUUAUUUUUGUUACGUUCUUUGUAGUUUGCUUUAUUCGAUCUUCCUCCGGUCUCUCCUUUGACUUUUAUGCGGUUUCUUGCCCGUCUGCUGAAAUUAUGGUGAAAAAUACAGUGAGAUCUGCCUCUUCUAUGGAUCCAACUACCCCUGGAAAGCUUCUUCGUCUGUUUUUCCAUGACUGUUUUGUAGAGGGCUGUGAUGCAUCUAUAUUGUUACAAGGAAAUGAUACUGAAAGAAGUGAUCCAGCUAACAAAUCACUUGGAGCAUUUUCAGUAAUAGAUUCAGCAAAAAGAGUUCUUGAAAUCUUUUGUCCAGGAGUAGUUUCUUGUGCUGAUAUUCUCGCAUUGGCCGCUAGAGACGCUGUGGAACUCACAGGGGGACCAAAUAUUCAGAUUCCAACAGGGAGAAGAGAUGGAAGGGUAUCCUUGGCUGCAAAUGUUAGACCAAAUAUAAUAGACACAAGUUUCACAUUGAAUCAAAUGGCUAACAUUUUUUCUUCUAAGGGCCUAUCCAUGGACGAUCUCGUUACCCUAUCAGGAGCUCAUACAAUUGGAUCAGCACAUUGCAGCUCGUUUAGUGAUCGUUUCAAACUCGACUCAAACGGAAAAUUCAACCUCAUCGAUGCAUCGCUCGAUAGGGAAUAUGCAGCUGAAUUAACGAGAAUGUGUCCAGCAGGAGCCAGUGCUUCUAUUACUGUCAACAAUGAUCGUACUAAUUCUUUAUUCGAUUAUAAUAACAUAUAUCCACUUAAUACAGUUACCUCUUAUAAAGAAAUCUUGCAUGGAAAAAUUCUUACUCCAAAUCUUGUUCAGGAAGCAAUUUCGAAUCAAGACAAUAUUACAAAAUCUUCCAUACACAAUCAAAAGAUUGUUUUAGAAGAGCAAACUCAACAACCUAUUCUACUUGGAGCCCCUAGUGUGAUGAAGACAUCCUCCUCAAUCAUGGGGUUCAAUUCAAUCCAAACAAUGGGGUGUUUUCUUGGACAACUAAAGCAAUAUUACAAUGAUAAUAUCAAGUAUGUGAUUAACCAUCACAUUGCAUGGAAUGAUGUCAAGUGA